GGCACCAGCCUCCCGGGGCUCAUGAGCAGUGGCUAGCGGCCAGGCAGGGCUCCGACUCCCCGUGUUCCUCUCUGGAUUAGCCGCCGCUCCGGGGUUUGCCAUCGCAGAAGAGCUCGAUGGCAGGAUCUUGUGAGAUCAGCAACAUCUUCUCUAACUACAUCAGCGCCAUGUACCAACCAGAGGAGGUGCAGCCAACCUUGGACGUGCUGGGACACCUGGGGGAGGACAGCAGCCUGGGGCUUAGCCUCCCCAGCAGCCAGCCCCCAGCACAGAGCACAGACAAGCCCGAGUGGUUCAGUGAGCUCCCGUACUUCUGGACCAAGGUGCAGGUGCUAGAGUGGAUCAGCUACCACGUGGAGAAGAACAAGUACGAUGCCAGCUCCAUUGACUUCUCCUGCUGCAACAUGGACGGGCACGCGCUCUGCCACUGCACCAGGGACCAGAUGCGCCUCAUCUUUGGGCCCCUGGGGGAUGAGCUCUACGACCGCCUGCACGAGAUCACCUCUGACGAGCUGAACUGGAUCAUUGACCUGUUGGAAAAAGAGGAUGCGACUUCCCAGACCUUUCUGGACCCCAUCCCUCCGGAGCUAGGAAAUUCCUGUGCCAAGGACUCCCUGGAGGACAUGAAGCCCACAAACCCUUUCCUAUCCACAGACUUCACCUGCUUGCCUGGUGCCAUGUCCCCAGGCAGCUCUGAUGUUUCAGGGCCUGUGAUGUCCCACAGUCCCAACUCUCAGGACUCCGGUGGAAGUGACCUCGACCUCGACGCCGCAGAAGCAAAGCUCUUCCCUGACGAUGACUUCACAAGCAGCAAGAAAGGGGACAGCAAACACGGCAAGCGGAAACGGGGACGGCCCCGAAAACUCAGCAAGGAGAGCAGAGACUGCCUGGAGAACCGGAAGGGCAAGCACUCCCCAAGAGGUACCCACCUGUGGGAGUUCAUCCGGGACAUCCUGAUCCACCCCGAGCUGAAUGAGGGGCUGAUGAAGUGGGAGGACCGGCGGGAAGGGGUCUUCAAGUUCCUGCGCUCGGAAGCGGUGGCUCAGCUCUGGGGCCAGAAAAAGAAGAACAGCAGCAUGACCUACGAGAAGCUGAGCAGAGCCAUGCGAUACUACUACAAACGAGAGAUCCUGGAGAGAGUCGACGGGCGGCGGCUGGUGUACAAAUUUGGGAAGAAUUCCAGUGGCUGGAAGGAGGAGGAGGUGCUCAACAGGAACAAGGAGCUGUAGGAGUCCUGGAUGAGCCAGGGUCUGACGAGCCCCUCGGGGGGCUCCUUGGCAGGAACCUUUGCCUGCAGCUGUAUCUGGAAGCUGCUGCCCUGUGCAGUGUGUGGAACUCCGACCCUUGCAUGGGCACGCUCGUGUGUGCUGGUGACUGCCAGCACUGAGGUGUUUAGAGCCAGUAUUUGGGCUCCAGUAGGUUAUUGUAAACUGUGACUUCCCUUGCUGGUUUUGUACCUCCGAUUCGGAGCCACAGGGACUGUGCCUGUUUCAAAGCCUGAAGAGAUGCAAAGGGGAAGAGAAGUUCAAGCAGCAGCUGGUCCCACCGUGAGAGCCCAGCAGGUCUCCUGCUGUCACCUGUCUCCUGCCUGGGCAGAGGGGCAGCACCUCUGUGUCACCUGUGACUGGACAGACAUUGUCCCAGCUGCGGGGUCCUCCCUCUCCUCGUGCCGUGCCAAAGGUGCCCCUCGUCCUAUUUGCUCCACGUGGGUUGGGUGAGGCCCCCUCUGUAGCAGCUUCUCAGUGUGGCACCUGCUGAGAGAAGAUGGGAACGUUGUGGAGCUUCACCUGGCCCCAGAGAGCCCUCAGUGGGGAGAGGACAGGAUCAAGCAGGGCCAUACCUCCAGUCUGGCUACCUCUGUCUAGAAACAGGCCUUUUCCCCUAGAAGUAGCAUCUAAUUUAUGUAAGACGCCAAAAAUAGCACAGAGUGAAUGUACAGAUAUAUUUUUUCAUAAGUGAGAUGUUCCUGUGUGAGAGUGUGCAGUGUGGGGCACACAGGUGUGUGGUGGUAGGUGGUGAUGCUCAGCUGGACUGAAGUGAUGUCACGGGGCACAGACUGGUGCUGUGCCCUCCACAGAGGGGGAUGCCAGCCCAACCUGCAAGGUGCAUGUGGUUUCCUCCUUUUCAAAUGGGAACAUAACAUGAAUAAAUUUUUGGUUUGUUGGGUUUAUUUGUA